AUGUCGGCCAACAUUACAACAACCACCAACAUCCCGUUCUCCCACAUCUCCGUCAAACCUCUCCACCCAAAUUUCGCCGCUGAGAUAAGUGGGGUGGAUUUCAAGUCGACUUUAAGCAAUGAAGUAUUUGAGGAUAUCCAUCAGGCUGUCACCAAGUUUGGUGUCGUGGUCUUCCGCAGCACUGGCCUCACAGAUGAAGGUCACAUUGAUUUCUCCAGAAAGUUUGGAGAGCUAGAUGAUGUGACGCCUUAUGUCGGUAUGGGCCGCAAGCACCGUCUCAAAUACGUCGAACUUUUCGAUGUAAGCAACGUCGAGACCGAUGGAACCAUCCUUGAUCCCGAGAGCGCCCGCGGACAAGCAAACAAGGGCAACGACCUUUUUCAUGUUGACUCAAGCUUCAACCCUCGCCGCGCCGGUUACUCGUUGCUUUUAGCACACGAGCUUCCUCCCAGUGGUAUGGGCGGCCACACAGCCUUUGCAGACACGAGGACAGCAUUCGAAACGCUUCCUUUGGAUCUUAGACAGGAGCUGUUAGCCAAGGACUACGUGGCUUGCCACUCUAUGUACCACUCUCGCAAGCUGGCUGCCCCUGAGACCUUCGCUUACCUCAACCCGCUCGAUCAUCCCAUGGGACGGCACAAGCUUGUGCAGCGUCACGAGGCCUCCGAUCGCAUGAACUUAUAUAUUGCAGCCCAUGUUCAUCACAUCGAGGGCCUAUCCCCCGAAGAGUCCCAGGCAUUGUUUGACAGAUUGUACAAUUACUCAAUUCGCGAUGAGAACACCAUUGAGAUUGAGUGGCAGAACGUUGGUGACCUGGUCAUCUGGGACAACACCUGUACGAUGCAUCGGGCUGUUGGGGGACCUUUCCUCCGAAAAUACAAGCGCGAUAUGAGACGUACUACGGUUCACGAUUCAAGUUCGACAGCCUGGGGGCUGAACGAGCAUACCAAUGUGCGGCAAGGUCUUCCUUGA